AUGUCUCUCGUCAAUCUCGCUCACGUCUGCUCGCAUUUGAACAAUGCAUCCAAGGCCCGUCUUGGUCUCACAUCGAUUCCUCACAGCAACCUACACCUGAAGUUAUGCCUUGCCCUUCAAAACUCCGGCUACGUUUCCUCCGUCGUCCGCGGAGGUCCGACACCUCCUCCGCCCCAUAUUCUUCUUGGUCAUCCUGCGGCGAAUGAUGAAGUCGAAGGCAUCGAGCCACUGACACAGGCUAACAUUGCCUCGAGACGACUGUGGCUGGGAUUGAAGUACUGGCAGAGUGAACCGGUGCUGGGAAAAAUGAGCAUGAUCAGCAAGCCUACGAGAAGAAUCACAAUCGAUGUUGCUGGACUCCGACGUGUGAUCCGCGGCGAGAAGAGUGAUUAUGUGGAAGGGUUACGGUCACCCGGCGAAAGCUUGUACCUCUCCACAGAUAGAGGCGUCUUGGAGGCGAGGGAGUGUGUUGAAAAGAAGAUUGGAGGAUUGGUUCUCUGCAGGGUCCGCUAG